GUGAGUCUCCUUUCAAUUUUAAUAACACGCAUCCAAACACUUAGCUUGGUGACAGUGUGGCGCAACUGGAAAUCACCAGUGUGUGAUGUUAUCUGGCGGCCUCCCUCUUUACACACAGGUCACACACCGGUGCUGGAACGUUACGCGCAUACAUUAGCAUUAGCUCCCAUCGCCUUUGAUUGUUCGCUAGCCGUUAGCCAUCAUGGCUCUCGCUUUGUGUCCUGUAGCGUUUAGCCGUUAGCCGUGCUAGCGAUUUUAAAAACGCUGGGGCGCUCAUUUCAGGAGAUUACUAUUAAAAUGGCUGAUUACGCUGCAGACAAUGCCCGCGGACUGUUUCCCUCCGUUGUCCUACAAACCGGGCUUAUGUUUAACUACAGGGAUUAACCGGAUUAUUGCGUUUGACAUUUUUAAUGAAAGUGACGAUGAGAGUGGAGAAAGCUGCUCCGCCUGCAUCUCCACACCCGGACUCCUCGGCACCUGUCAUCGUUGUUUUGCAGCGGACAAACAGUGGUGGGAUCCGUAUGAAACGUCUCAUAAACGACAGUUCAUCUACCGGCCAAACGCAGCCACAGACAUUGCCCUGGUCCCAAUGUCGACGUCGCUUAUAGGCUCCCGUUCGCAGCUGGGACCUUUCGGCUCAACUCUGUACAAUAAGGACUUUUGCUGGAAGUCAGCAUGUAAACCUGAGUCCAUUUGCACAGGAUCAGCCUCAGGACACAGGAGAAACAACCCGCAUCCGCGUCAGUCCUUUAUGAUGUGGAGGCUGCCUAGAGAUGCCAGACAAAGCCUUGAGUAUGUCGGGUUCCCCUGUAAUUGUGCCCCAUCUGAAGCGGAGGUCUGUAGGGCCGUGGCAGCACAGUACCACUCCAUCUACAGAGGGGACUUCGCGGGGAUGCCUCAAGGAUAUGAUCACCAUAAUGGUGCAGAAAGAAGAGGAUCUGCAGCACAGUACGGCAGCCGUCACGCCAGGAUUUCUACUGACACAGAGAUGAGAGACAAUUACCGCGAGCCGAAGCGAAACCCUGAACUGCUGAGUGAUCGCGUUAAGGCGAGAGGCAACAGAGAUCCUCCUGUUACCUGUCUGGGCAUAGUUCCAACUGUCGUACAAAGGCGCAUCCGCACUCAGCAGACAAGAUCAGACUUGACAACCUAUGAGAGGUUUUGUGGAAAGACAGUCACGGAUGUCGCACCUGUGGUGAAGUCUCUUCUGCCCCCGGAGCUUCAGCAGUUGUGCAGGAUUCCACCUGAGAAGGACAAAGAAGCUGUGAUACGUGUUUUGAGUCAAGAUUCUUCUCCAGCUGAUGCGGAACAAGAAAAUAAACUUCCUGCGCUAAAUCCCAGUUCACCUGAGCGGAUGUCUCGCUGGACAGGGCCUCUGUGAAGCUGUCUACUAAUUUGUCCUUGUGUGUAUAUAUAUAACACAUUAUAGCACACUGUGAGUCAUUUAGCAACUUGUGUGUGGUGAUAAUUACCUAAUUAAGGAUAUUUGUUGGCCUUUGUGUCCCCUCAUAUUCUGCUGUGUGACAAUGUGAAACCUGUUCACACCUCGACAAAGGACAGAAUAAAACAUGUGGCACAGAUGAACAGAU